AUGUCUGCAUCUGAAACGAUACACGAGUAUUUCGAACGAAAGGUGUCAGAUUGGGAUAUUGUUAGAUUCCUCGAGGAAUGUACAAGUAUAGGGUCUUAUAGACAGAAAAUAGAAUGCUACUUAUCAUCUCUCGAGUUGAUAGUCAAUACUGAGAAUGGUCAAAGGCGUGAAAAAGCGCAGGUGCUCCUCGACGCUUACAGUCAGGCAAGUAUUAGAAUUUUAUAUCAAAGGUUUUUUAAGAGUAAGUGGCGUGGUAGGGGACCUUCGAGCUCCCUUAUCAUUCAAGUCUUCGAGCCGAGCCACAAAGACUAUGCUGGGGCGCAGAGUAAUCGUCCUGAUAAAAAAAGAGCAAAAGAAUGGGAGAAGACGCGUUCGAAUACGCAGAUUAAUAUCCAUCGUUCAACUAUAAACGGGACAGUGGGAGGAAUAACAAAUGGUGUAUAUGGGCCUAUGAGUGGAGGAGUGUUCGAUGUAAAGCUUGCACCAAAGAGGAGUAAUCAGAAAGAGAACAAUGAUAAAGUCCCAAAAAGGGUAAAAAUUAACGAUGCCACUCCUCAACGCGAACAGGAUGAACAAGAAAAUCAGCAAAGUUCUGAUAAUAAUAUCUCGAAAGAACCCCGUCUCAUGGAGUCAAAUGAUAGUUCGAUAUUAAAGUCUGGAAAUUCGAAAAUAAAUCAAGGUGAUCCGUCUUCUAAAUUUAAUCAAUGUUACGAUGCUAGGAAACGAACAAAAAUUAUUUAUUCGUGGGGAGAUGUCAUCGACAAGAUUGAUUUUAGAAAUAUUUCAAAGAAGGAUUGGAUUUUUGAAAAUUACAAUCUUUCCAAUGAGUUCCGUGAUUUUCAAAAGAUGACGAUUCAACAGGUCAAGGAAAACCCGUAUUUGUGCUACAAAGAAGAUAUUCAAAAAAUUCUAUGUUUAUCUAAUAUAAUGUUGAUUGAGCGGAUAAAACCGACAUACUUAUCUUGCGAUCUUGCGAGUUGGAAUACUAUUUGUCGAAGGAAAACGUCUUCUUAUUUGUCAUCGACAGUUAACAAUGUAGUUCUGGAAUAUUCAUUGAAAUGGAAGACAAAUGGUGCGAAAAUUUCUCCAGAGUCACAGAACUGGAUAAAGGGGAUAGAGCUAUUUUUUGCAAAUGCCAAAUCAUAUUACGAAACUUGCUCUAUUAAUAAAGAUAACGAAGAUACCUUCGUUCACAACACUUUACAUAACUUGAUCAGUGAGAUUUUUCGUGACCCGAUGUUAGAAUUAUAUCCUUUGUAUACUUGUGUUAAAAGGGCAAAUAGCGAGAGCUCCGCUUCAAAAAGUCGACGUCUUAGCAAUAAGGAAAAUGGUACUGUUAAAGGUAAUAAACCCGAUUUCAAAAUUUCGACCAAUACUAAAGAUGAAAUUCUCUUCGGGGAAGUUAAACCAAGGGACACUUCUUCUGUAUUGGUCAAAAAAGAUCUAGUCAAACUUGCUGAGUAUCAGGCGGGUACCUUGGAUGAGCUAAUAAAAAAAUACGGAAAUAGAAUCGGGAUGAUUUCUUUCGGUAUAUGGGUAUGUGGUGAGCAUAUUCGCAUCUACGAGAUGGACCUUAAUAAUGACGGAAUAUACAGGAUGAUCUUAGUUGCAGAUGUAUGUGUCCCAAUCGAACGGGAAAAAAUUGUAGGCUUGGUGCCAGUUUUGGAAGCAUUUUAUAAUGUUAAACAUCGCAUUUCUGAACUUUUAACGGUAAUUGCCUCUAACAGCCCGCCUAGUUCACCAUCACGUUCUUCCUAUGUUAGAAUGCCUACCCUUUCGCCAAAACCCGUCAGGGUCGCAAUUGCUGGUCUGCAACCAUAA